GGGGGAGGGACAGCCAUAUCGCUAAAGUGAAACUUAAGUUUAGAUACUUGCAUGCAGUAGAGUUUGCAAGCAAGAAAAAGUUUUUUUAGCUUUUACAUUAACAUAUAAACAGAAAAACAGAUUCAGCAACCACUGAAAAAAACAUGGCUUCAUGCAGCAGUCUCCUGUCUGAAGAUCAGUUCCAGUGUUCUAUCUGUCUGGAUUUGUUCACAGAACCUGUCACUAUUCCAUGCGGCCACAAUUACUGUAAGGCCUGUAUCACAAGGCACUGGGAGAACAACGAUGUGUGUCACUGUCCACUGUGUCAGAAGGUCUUCAUCAGAAAACCUGACAUCUUUGUCAACACAAUGUUCAGAGAUGUUGUGGAGAAAUUUAAGAAGUUGAACGUUAGAGGGAAAGAGGAGUUCCCUUCCAAACCUGGAGAAGUGUGCUGUGAUGUCUGUACUGGGAGGAAGCUCAAGGCCCUGAAGUCCUGUCUGGUGUGUCUGACCUCUUACUGUGAGACUCACCUGGAGCCUCAUCAGAGAGUUGCAGCCUUGAAGAAACACAAGCUGAUCGACCCUGUGAAGAACCUGGAGGACAGGAUGUGUCAGAAGCAUGAGAGACCCCUGGAGCUGUUCUGUAGGACUGACCAGACGUGUGUGUGUCUCAUGUGCGUCAACACAGACCACCAGACGCAUUACACUGUUACUGUAGAGGAGGAAUAUAGCGAAAGGAAAGCAAAGAUGCACGAGAUACUGGUCGAAAUGAAUAAGAUGAUACAGAUACGCUCCUGGAAGGUUGAGGAGAUCAAACGCUCAGUAGAGACCAGCAAGAGAGAUGCACUGGAAGAGAUAUCAGACAGCAUUGAGGUCUUCACUGCUCUGGUCCGGGCCAUUGAGAAAAGCCGGGCUGAGCUCAUUGAGAUGAUUGAGGAGAAGCAGAAAGCAGCAGAGAAACAGGCAGAUGAGUCCAUCAAAGAUCUGGAGCAGGAGAUCACUGAGCUGAAGAGGAAAAUCACCGAGCUGGACAAAUUCUCACACAGUGACGACCACCUUCACCUGCUCCAGAGCAUCCCAUCCCUGAGCACUCCACAAAUAAAAGACUAUCCUGAGGUCAGUGUAGAUGAGGAUCUGUACAAGGGGGCAUUGGGAAGAACCAUCUCUCAGCUAAAAGAGGCCCUCAAUAAAGAGAUGGAGAAUAUGCCUAAAGUCAAGCUGAAGAGGAUUCAGCAGUAUGCAGUGGAUGUGACUCUGGACCCUGAUACAGCACAUCCCAAACUCCUCCUGUCUGAGGAUGGGAAACAAGUGAGGCAUGGAGACCUCUGGAACAAUCUUCCUGACAGCCCAGAGAGAUUUAACCGGACUCUCGGGGUCCUGGGGAUGCAGGACCUCUCAGCCGGAAGGUCCUACUAUGAAGUUGAGGUUAAAGGGAAGAUUAUUUGGGAUUUAGGCGUGGCCAGCAAGUCCAUCAACAGAAAGUGGACAGUCAGACUUGUGGAUAGACCUGAGGACGGAUACUGGACUCUGUCUUUGAGGAAUGGCCAUGAGUACACAGCUAAUGCUGCCCCUGGUGUCCUCCUCUCCCUGAGCCAGAAGCCCCAGAAGGUGGGGGUGUUUGUGGACUAUGAGAGAGGUCUGGUCUCCUUUUAUGAUGUGGAAGCCAGGUCUCAUAUCUACUCUUACACUGGCUGCGUCUUCAAAGGGAAGCUGUAUCCAUAUUUCAGCCCUAGCUCUAAUCAUGGUGGCAAAAAUGCAGCUCCUCUGAUCAUAUCCCUGUAAAUACUGUGAAACUGACCUGUUGAAUGAACCUACGAAUUGUCAUUUUAUUAUUGGGAUGCAGUAUUUUAUCAAUUCACUGAUAAUUAUCUGGGAUUACUGACCAUUGUAUUUUGAUGAAUAUAUGCAAUAUUAUGACAGGAUGGUGGAUGUAACGUACAACAUUGUUUAAAGUACAUGUAAAUACACUGUACUUGUGGAUAACAACAGAAUAUAGAUUCCUGCACUCAAGGAUCAACGAUGGGGUAUCGGUUUUUCAACCCAUAGUGGAUGUCUCCCAGAAAACCCAUUCCAGUUGAAAAUGACUGCCCCCAUGGGGGUCGUUCAGAUCCCCUUUGAACCCUAACACCAUGUUUGUAUUGUCGCAGUGAGCUUGCAUUUGUCUCCUGAUGUAUUGAGUGAUCACAUUCUGUUGGGAUUUUGGGGAACGUAAAAAUCUGUCCAAUGUUUGAACACACACUGGACAAAUAAAACAAAGUUGUAACACUCAGGCUGCCUGCAUAUUCCCAUGGAUUCACAUGUAUAGAAGUCACUGUGUGGACACCAUUGUAGAGAGUAAGUGACAGUAGGUGUCUGAAGGGAGUGCAAGCAUCUUCUACGCAAAGUAUGAACACUGUUUCAUUCCAUUCAGCCGGCGCUUUAGGCUUUUUCCAAAGUCUUUUACAUGUAACAGUUUCUUUGAAUAUCACGUUUGUUUCAGGCUCAAACAAACAAAGCUUAUGAAUACCCUUAUUCUAAGGUUUACAUUGUACUAGGAAAUGGAGAUCCAGUCAAUGUGAUGACUAAAGGACAGGAUGUUUGAGCUGACACGAAGAUAAGUAAGGCAGCGGGUCCAGUUCAAACGGCAAACUUAAACACAGAGCCAUGGGUGCAUGCGGUAACAGCAAUUUGUAAUGGCAAAUUCAGAGAUGAGAUGUCCUUCAAAAGCUUAUUUACAUUGUCUGGCUGGCAAUGUCUGUCACUGGCCCAAGGCCAUACCAAUGUCACUGCGCUAUAAAAAUACAAUUUUGUCUUCUGACAACCUCGUGAAUGAACACUAUGGCCGAUGACCUUCAUAAGGUUGUAUAGACAGAUGUAAAAGUCAUUGUGUUUUAUCCUUUACUUAAGGGAGAGGCUUUUCCAUCGAUACAAUCAUGAACUAUGUAGGAAACAUGAUGUGGCGGUUGUGUUUUCCUACAAUAGGUGGUUGUCUUACAAUACAAGAAGACAUGAUUGCAGGGCUCUGAAAUUUGAUCAAGAGGUUGGGUAAAAAAUGACGUUGGAGGGGGGUGCUGGUGAUGUUUCUGAUGGCUGGUUUUUGACUGUAACUCGAGACAACUAUAAACUCUGCAGGAAUCUGUGCCUCGUCCAUUAAUUGUACAUAGCAGGACAAGUUAUCCCUUACCUCAGCAUGAGAAAUGGUUGAAAUGCGUGAGACUUGAGAGCCCUUUGAUUGACACUAUACUUGUUAGGAGGGCAUGGCGGAUGUACAGAAUGGUGUCUCUGUGAGGUGUUGACUCCUAGUGCAGGAAUCAAUUCCGCACGAAGAAGAGGAUUAUUUUAGCAGGGAUGUGUGCAUGUGUUUAUGUGAAAACAUGUAAACUGCAAGAUUGUGUGUGUGACCACCAUGUUGUCACUGAAGUAAACGAAAUGUAGCCUAAAGUAGGGUGUAUACAUGUGUGUGUGUGUAUGAUGAUAGUAUAAUGCAAGUAUGAUUGAUGUGUGAACAGUAAAUGUGUGAGUGAAUUGGUACAUGGAGGUACAUGUUGAAGUUGGGAAUAGCUUGUCAUAUCUCUGAAGUGAUGGACUGUAGUGAAGCUGAGAAUCAAAGUUCAAUUGUCAGAUGAUUCACAGCACACUUGCAAAACACUGCUCUAGCCUAGUUGAAAAAAUAACUUAACAGUGCCAUGUUGACUGAACCCUGUUAAGAGUGACCGAACAUGCUCGGAAGAAUGUCGGAGCCGCCCCGAUCGCGAAUCGUAAAUAUUCAACAUUUACAAUCAGAAAUCCUGAUGUGUGGGGGGAGCAAA